AUGCCUCUGCAAAAGCCGAGACCAGCACCGCCCGCGGGCGGCCGGGAUAACAACUCCUUUCUGUCCCCUAUAGACUACGAUGCCGACGCGCGGUCGAUCCACAGCGAUCAGGAAGCCGAUAGCGACGACGACAUGCUCCUUCAGCGGGCGCGCAACAGCCGAGAGCUUCGAGCGCACGACCGCCUUGUAUUCAUGGAGGAGGAAGAAACAGAUAAGCUAGUUCUGGAUGCACGAAGACGCACUCAAGAGAAGGGCAGGCGUGAGAGCGGGCUCACAAUACCGAACCCCUUGAAGUUGAUACGGCGCUACAGCGAUACCUCGUUGCGGUCGUCCACUGCAGGAGACAACGAGGACGGAAGGGAAAAGAAGGUUGAUAAGAGGAAGCAGAGGAAAAACAGGCGCAAGAUGAAAAAAGAUCGGUUGCUGGCCGAGGCCCAGCAUGGGGAGGACGGCGAGCUGAUGUAUGAAAUGGAGGAAGGGGGCAUGAAGGAGGGGAGCGAGACGGGUGACAGCAGCGAGAGGGAAGACAGUGAGGAGGUCGACAGGCUGCGGAUGAAAUUCUUGGAAGAGCCCAAACGAAGAAGGUGGAGUUGCUGCCAGUGGACCCUCAUACAUACAAUAAUCGCGGCAAUCUUUGCACUGCUUGCCUUGGGGGCAUGGAAGUUGUCCAUGAAGGACAAGAGUCACAAGCAACAGCAGUAUACCAGCAACGGCACUGCACUAUUUGCUCCGACGACAAUCAUUAUCAGCCUAGACGGCUUCAGGGCGGAUUUCUUGAACCGAGGGCUGACACCAAGGUUGAACGCUUUUGUCAAGGAGGGCGUGUCGCCCUUAUAUAUGCUACCAUCGUUUCCGAGCGUUACCUUCCCGAACCAUUAUACCCUUGUCACCGGGUUAUAUCCCGAGAGUCACGGUGUAGUCGGCAACACAUUUUAUGAUCCUGCGCUGAAGACCGAUUUUUACUACACGGACCCUGGCCGGAGUCUCGACCCGAAAUGGUGGGGUGGCGAGCCCUUCUGGGCGACUGCAGAGAAGGCAGGAAUCCGAACUGCCAUCCACAUGUGGCCAGGCAGUGAAGCACAUAUCCUCGGUAUCGAGCCUAGCUUUUUGGACAAAUACGAUGGCAAAGAGAAGCUUUCCGGCAAGGUAUCAAGGAUCCUCGAACUUUUGGACAAGCCGGGCAUGGAGGACGAAAAGGCAGACCCCAAAGAUAUGCGCCCGCAACUUAUUGCAGCAUAUGUUCCCAACGUCGAUGCGGAUGGCCACACCUAUGGACCUAACAGCACGGAGAUAAGGAAGACUAUUCAGGAAGUGGACGGCAUGAUGGACGACAUUUUCAAAGGACUUGAGCAAAGGAACCUGACUGGCCUCGUGAACGUCAUUGUGGUGUCGGAUCACGGCAUGGCUACAACGGAUAGAACGCGUCUUCUUCAGCUUGAUGAUCUUGUUGACCUGUCCAAGGUUGAGCACAUCGACGGCUGGCCUCUAGUCGGUUUGAGGCCGCGCAAUCCAGAAGACCUGCAGUCUCUGUACGACGAGUUGGUUCGCAACACCAAGGACAAUCCCAACGUUGACAUCUACCUCAAGGACUUGAACAUGCCCAAGCGAUACCACUUCUCCAACAACGACCGCAUUGCGCCACUUUGGGUAGUUCCCAAAACGGGGUGGAACGUGGUGCAGCGGGAAGAGUUCGACCUUCAGGAGGCCAAGGCAAAAGACCUGGCGUACCACCCCCGUGGACUGCAUGGCUACGACAACGAGCAUCCUUUGAUGAGGGCUAUCUUUAUUGCGAGGGGUCCGGCAUUUCCACAUGCACCAAAUAGCAAGCUGGAACCGUUUCAAAAUAUUGAGGUCUACAAUAUUUUGUGCGACUCAGUCGGACUCGAGCCAGUGCCGAACAACGGCACUUUAAGAUUGCCCUUCAAGCCCAUUGGGCUGCACAGCCCCGAGUCACCAAUACCAGAUGUUGCGGAUCCCGUCACGUCAAGUACGGCGACGGAGAAAACCCCAACGCAGUCGGUCGGUGUCGAUCAUGUGCCGGAACCGACCCAGACAGAAUCUCCGGGCAGCAACAACGGUGGUGGUGAUGGGAAGGAUGGUGCAAGUCGGCCGAAGACCGCCAAGGAGAAGCUCGAAGACCUUUGGAAGUGGUUUACAGAAACCACGCUCAGGGCAUCCAGCCCCAUCCAUUAUUCCAACCUUCAUGCUCACUUUCUCCAGAGCAAAAUGGCCGAGAUGGAUAAUCUACGCAACGAGAUAGAUCUCCAGCGGGCUGUGGUCGCUUCCCUUGAGGAUGAUCAUUCUAUGGGAUCCAUCUCAGCGGAUCCCGAGGAAAUCCAGCAAGCAAAGGACCGGCUUGGUCAACUUCAGCACCAACUGUCCUCCAUGCAACGAAACCAGGGCUCAUCAUCUCGCCAUGUCAAGCCAGAACUAGGGGCACUGCAAAGUCCUGCAAGGUGGCAGCCCACCGCCUCUGGCUCAACUUCUUUCCAGGCAGAAACAGGAAAUACUCCAUCGCAAACUCAGCAGACAGCAUCAUCGGGACUGGCAACAGAGAUUAAUGUCGUAAUCACCGGGUUUGAAAAGCGAGUCCGCGUAUUAACAAAGCAAAUCCAGUCUCAGGUUAAGGACUUCCAUCGCUGUGGUGUCCCGAACGCGAACUUGCUAAGAGACUUUGAAGAAGCUAUCGAUCACAUCAAUGAAGAGUUUGAGGAUGAUUUCAACAUGACUGAAGCUAUCGCUCGGUCUCUUCUUCUGUCAAACGCAAGUUUUGAUUAUGUGAGCACCUGCAUGGCUGAGAUUCGGGCAAGAUAUGUGUCCUCCAAAAGGGCUGCUGAACAAAGUCUUGGUAAGAUCCGGUCCUUCUACGCUUGGAAUUCACACCAGCUUACCUACUCAAUAGCUACUACAAAUGGAAUCGGCAACAGCUCAUCUGCCUCGCCAUCAAACGAGGUUUCGACUUCCAAGUUAUUCAUACCUGACAAGGACAGCAAUAGCCGUGGCUCGCAUAGCUCUGGAGUCGAUCAUAGCCGGAAGCGGACAUAUAGUACGCUUGUUAAUGGUCAUGAGCACUUGAAGACGGAGCCGGCCGAAGGAACUUCCAAGUCUCAGCGAACUGGGAGGAUGACAACGCCAACACGUGAUUCGAACGACGCUUUCGCGACGCCCUCAAAAUUAAAUCGUGGCCAAAAUUCAGAUGUCAUCGACCUUACUGGGGACGACGACGAUAUAUACGCCACCAUUCAAAAGCAUUCUCAGAAAAGCACUCAGUCUCGGAACGACUCACACGGCUCUCGCAAUCCGUAUCGACUCCAUAAUUCAGUGAACAAUUCGCCGUACGGUCAGACUCACUUAGUUAGUAGACCUGCGCCGAGUGCUUCAUCCACUCAGCAUGUCUUGCCCACGCAGCAACAGAUCCCGGGCGGAUAUGUCAGCUCUGAUUCCGAAGACGAGUUCCGUCGCAUGAAUAACCUACCUCCCAGGUCCUCUACCCGUCAGCAGCCAGGCCAGCCGUCUCAUAACAUUGGACACUUGCCUUGGUCCAGCCGACUUAACCCGUUCGCCAAUUUGACGGUCCCCUCCGCUGCUCAGGUGAUACCAAGCAACUCUAGAGGAGUUGCGAACAUGCAUCGCCCUGGAAAUUUGCAGGGUGGGCUUUUUAAUCAACUCAACUCCUGGGGUUCGACAUCGUCGAUGGUUUCGUCUGCAUUCAGCGGCCUUGGAAAUUUAAUCAAUCAGACCAGUAGUUUCGAUUACCUCAACCUCAGGGACAGCAAUGGUAAUCCACUUCCAUCACGCCUGGCCAAUUUUCUGGAAUCAGACGAUGAUCACAAUGGAAUGGGUCACCCAUACUACAAUCCGGCAGACGACUAUCGCAAGAAAGAAGAGCAGGCCAUCAGGGACAUGCUGGCGUCCAUUCGGCCAGACGAGGACCUUGCUGAGGGCGAGGUAGAUGAGACGCCCGAAGCGAUGAAGUUUCCGCUAUUCCCACAUCAGCAGCUUGCAUUGAAGUGGAUGAAGAAUAUGGAGACGGAUGAGCUCAAAAAGGGCGGCUUGCUUGCUGAUGACAUGGGUCUUGGCAAGACUGUAUCGACACUUUCGCUCAUGGUGUCGCGUCCAAGUCCAAACUCAGACGUGAAGACCAAUCUCAUAAUUGGUCCGGUGGCUCUUAUCAAGCAAUGGGAGGCUGAAAUUGCCAACAAACUGAAGCCGGAUAAAGGAAUGAGCGUCUUUCUUCUUCACGGCUCCCACAAAAAGCCAUACUCUGAACUUUGUAAGUUUGAUGUAGUCAUGACUACUUAUGGCACCCUUGCCUCAGAGUUUAAACGCAUGGAGCUGUACAAGCUUCAGUUCAAGAAGACACCUGAAGAGUAUGCAGAAGACACCACUUUACAGAAGAAGUGCCCGCUGCUACAUUCCAAGUCUCGAUUUUGGCGAAUCAUCCUGGACGAAGCUCAGUGUGUGAAAAAUGAGAACACACAAGCAGCGAAGGCCGUGUCAGUACUCCGAAGCGAGCAUCGUUGGUGCUUGACAGGCACCCCGAUGAUGAAUGGAGCUCACGAGCUCUUUUCACUGAUCAGAUUCCUGAGGAUUGCACCAUAUAAUUCGGCAACCGCUUUUAAAUCGGCAUUCGGUUGUCUCACACCUAAGGGCACGACCAAUCGUAGCAUGGCCUCGCGCACGGCAAAGGCCAUCAAGCAACUUCAGGUUGUUCUAAAGGCCAUCAUGCUAAGACGUGAAAAGACAUCCAAGAUCAAUGGGAAACCUAUCUUGGAACUGCCGCCAAAGUUUGAAGAGGUCGUUCAUGUCGUAUUCUCCGAGGACGAGGCGAGCUUCUAUAGGGACCUGGAAACAAGCUCGCGAAAUCAGAUCAACAAGUAUAUCAGGCGUGGAACGCUUCGCAAGAACUAUGCCCAUGCACUGGUGCUGCUCCUCCGACUGAGGCAGGCGGCUUGCCAUCCCCAGCUCAACACUGACGUGGAGUAUACCAUGGACCCUGAGGUUUCUGAAGAGCAUCUGUUGGGGCUGGCAAGGUCAAUGUCAAGCGACGUCGUUCGCAGACUGAAGGAAAUCGAAGCCUUCAGUUGUCCCAUCUGUAUGGAUGCUGUUGAGGACCCGGCUAUUGUACUUCCUUGCGGCCAUGCCCUAUGUCGCGAGUGCCUGACUCAGUGGAUUAGCAAUUCGGAACUGAGGUCAGGAGACAACAACAGCGCGAAAUGCCCAGAGUGUCGUGGCCAGAUUGACUCCAAGAAGGUCGUUAACUACGGUACCUUCAAGCAAGUACACAUGCCUGAGCUCAUGGAGACAAACUCGCCAGAAGAUGAAGCAGAGUCAGAAGAGGACAAGUGGGCCCAGGGCUUCGACUCGGACUCUGAUACAGCAGGGUCUGAAACGGAGUCCGGAGAUGAAGUUGACGACAACGGCGACCUGAAGGAUUUUAUUGUCGGCGACAGUGAUAAAAGCUCCGACACCGAAUCUUUGUCAUCUCAGCCUAAGUUCACGAAGGGCAAGGGCAAAGCACCUGUAGUAAUGGAUUCGGAUGAUGAAGAACUUUCACCUGUCGAGAAGCCCUCCAAGAAGAGGAAGUCUAAGACGCAGGCCAAGGCGAAGAAGUCGGGUGGGGCAUCGAAGAAGAAGAAAAAGGCCAAGGAGGAGGUGAAGCCUCACCAGCUGGCUGAGCUACGCAAGGAUGCCAAGCGCAACAAAGCCUCCCGCAAGCGAUACUUUGACUACUUGGACGACAACUGGAUCACAUCGGCCAAGAUCAGCAAAUGUACUCAGCUACUUAGCGAAAUCCGACAGAAGGGGGAAAAGACUCUGAUCUUCUCCGUCUUCACCAGCCUGCUCGACCUGCUUGAGGUGGGGAUCCGGCAUGACCUCGGGCUUCAGGUAUGUCGUUACGAUGGCAGUCUUGGUCGUGAUGCACGCGACAAGGCUGUGCAAGAUUUCCAAUUUAAUCCUAAUGCAACCAUAAUGCUGGUCUCGCUGCGGGCUGGCAACGCUGGUCUCAAUUUGACGGCAGCAUCACAAGUCAUCAUCAUGGAUCCGUUCUGGAACCCAUACAUUGAGAUGCAGGCAGUCGACCGGGCCCACCGAAUGGGCCAGCUGCGUUCGGUACAUGUUCAGCGUCUCGUUGUCCAGGAAACAGUUGAGGACCGCAUCAUCAAUUUGCAGGAGCAGAAGCGCACUCUCGUUGAGGCAGCACUGAACGGUGACGAGGCCAAAAACUUGGCGAGACUUAGUGAUCAAGAGCUUGGUUACCUCUUUGGGCUCAAUCAGCAAUCCAACUCAGGUCAACGUUGA